AUGCAGAUUUCAAAAACUUGCAUUUUAGUUAUAUCCAAAUGCCGCCGUGUCUCAGCUUCUCCACCGCACCUUCAUCUCCCUUCUCAGGAAUCGUUCCCUCCACGCGCCACCGCAUUAGAGUUCACAGGCCAACCUAUGCAUCUGCACAGGUUUCUCUGGACGCGCCGCUGUCGAACGAAACCUCGCCGUCCGACCAGAACAAAACCGGCGUCAUUGUGAUCGGCGCAGGACUAGCUGGCUUAGCGGCAGCGACUCGUCUCCGAGCUGAGAACGUCCCUUUCGUCCUCCUAGAAGCUUCCGACGGCGUUGGAGGCCGCGUUCGCUCCGACGUCGUCGACGACUUCAUCCUCGAUCGCGGGUUUCAGAUUUUCAUCACGGCUUAUCCCGAAGCCCGAAGGCUUCUUAGCUAUGAGGCGCUAGACCUUCGCAAAUUCUAUUCGGGAGCUCAGGUUUACUACGGCGGCCGUUUCCACACCGUCGCGGACCCUCUCCGCCACUUCUCCGAUGCCUUAGGAUCCCUUGCGAACCCUAUCGGCUCAGUGGCCGACAAACUUCUCGUUGGAUUGACUAGACUUAGGGUUUUGACUCGGCAAGACGAUGAGAUUUUGACUGCUGAUGAGGUUCCCACUAUCAACCUCUUGAAAACCAUAGGGUUUUCGGAUUCCAUGGUGGACCGGUUUUUCCGGCCGUUUUUUGGCGGCAUUUUCUUCGACAGAGAGCUCGGAACGACGUCGCGCCUCUUUGAUUUCAUCUUCAAGUGUCUCGCUCUCGGCGAAAACACGCUUCCGGCCAAAGGCAUCGCGGCAAUCCCGGAACAAUUGGCGGCAAAAUUGCCGAAAGGCUCUGUUUGGUUAAAUUCACGAGUAGCUUCCAUCGAUCUGGAAUCGACUUCGGAUUCGAACCCCGCCGGGAUGCACGUGACGUUAGAAAACGGAAAAACAUUGAAGAGUGAGCUCGGAGUGAUUCUAGCAGUGGAAGAACCAGUGGCAGUUAAACUAUUGGCAGGUAAAUUGGCGGGAGAUAAACCACUUCAACUAAAGAAACCUGUUAGGAGCACUGUAUGUAUAUAUUUUUCGGCGGAGCAGGACAGAAUUCCAGUUAAAGAACCAGUUUUGUUCCUCAACGGGUCGGGCAAAGGCAUUGUAAACAACAUGUUUUUCGCGACCAAUGUGGCUCCAUCUUAUGCCCCGACAGGGAAAGCUUUGGUCUCAGUGUCUCUCAUUGGAGUGUAUGAUGAUGUUGCAGAUGAGGAUUUGGUGAAUCUUGUUGUGAAGGAGCUUUCGGGUUGGUUUGGAGAGGCAGUAGUUCAGUCAUGGACGUAUUUGAGGAUGUACAGAAUCGCGUUUGCCCAACCGAAUCAAUGCCCACCCACAAAUCUGGUUAAGAACCCAAGAUUAAGACCAGACCUGUAUAUGUGUGGUGACUUUGUGACCAGUGCUACCUUUGAUGGAGCUUUGGUCUCUGGAAGGAAAGCUGUUGAAGCUUUGUUAAAAGAUAGGGCUUUUGUUAAACUAUAGUUCAUUCAAAAUUUCUUAAAUUUGUCAAAUGUUGUGUGCAAUGUACAUUACUGUCUGUUAUCCAAUGUAUACACAAAAAUUUCAUGAAA